AUGGGUGACAUGACCAACAGCGACUUUUACUCCAAAAACCAAAGAAAUGAGUCGAGCCAUGGGGGCGAGUUCGGGUGCACGAUGGAGGAGCUCCGCUCCCUCAUGGAGCUGCGGGGCACCGAGGCUGUGGUCAAGAUCAAGGAGACUUAUGGGGACACUGAAGCCAUCUGCAGACACCUCAAAACCUCACCCGUCGAAGGUUUGCCGGGCACGGCGCCAGACCUGGAAAAGAGAAAGCAGAUUUUCGGGCAAAACUUUAUACCUCCAAAGAAGCCAAAAACCUUCCUGCAGCUGGUGUGGGAAGCGCUGCAAGACGUGACGCUGAUCAUCCUGGAAAUCGCGGCCAUCAUCUCCCUGGGGCUCUCCUUCUACCACCCACCUGGGGAGAGUAAUGAAGGAUGUGCGACAGCCCAGGGUGGGGCAGAGGAUGAAGGAGAGGCGGAGGCAGGCUGGAUCGAGGGAGCUGCCAUCCUCCUCUCGGUCAUCUGCGUGGUCCUGGUCACAGCCUUCAAUGACUGGAGCAAAGAGAAACAGUUCCGGGGCCUGCAGAGCCGCAUUGAACAGGAGCAGAAGUUUACCGUGGUCCGGGCUGGCCAGGUGGUCCAGAUCCCUGUGGCCGAGAUUGUGGUUGGGGACAUUGCCCAGGUCAAAUAUGGUGACCUCCUCCCUGCCGACGGCCUCUUCAUCCAGGGCAAUGACCUCAAGAUCGAUGAAAGCUCCCUGACGGGGGAGUCUGACCAAGUGCGCAAGUCCGUGGACAAGGACCCCAUGCUGCUGUCAGGGACCCACGUGAUGGAGGGCUCUGGACGUAUGGUGGUGACUGCCGUGGGUGUGAACUCUCAGACUGGCAUCAUCUUUACCCUGCUGGGGGCUGGCGGUGAAGAAGAAGAGAAGAAAGACAAGAAAGGUGUGAAGAAGGGUGAUGGCCUUCAGCUACCAGCUGCUGAUGGUGCAGCAGGUUCAAAUGCUGCUGAUAGCGCCAACACCAGCCUAGUCAAUGGUAAAAUGCAGGACGGCAAUGUGGACACCAGUCAGAGCAAAGCCAAACAGCAGGACGGGGCGGCCGCCAUGGAGAUGCAACCCCUCAAGAGUGCUGAGGGUGGCGACGCUGAUGACAAGAAGAAGGCCAACAUGCACAAAAAGGAGAAAUCUGUGCUGCAGGGCAAGCUCACCAAACUGGCUGUGCAGAUCGGCAAGGCGGGCCUCGUGAUGUCCGCCAUCACGGUGAUCAUCCUGGUGCUCUACUUCACCGUGGACACCUUCGUGGUUAACAAGAAGCCAUGGCUGCCCGAGUGCACGCCCGUCUACGUGCAGUACUUCGUCAAGUUCUUCAUCAUUGGCGUCACGGUGCUGGUAGUCGCUGUGCCCGAGGGGCUCCCUCUGGCCGUCACCAUCUCGCUGGCCUACUCGGUGAAGAAAAUGAUGAAGGAUAACAACCUGGUACGCCACCUGGACGCCUGUGAGACCAUGGGCAACGCCACGGCCAUCUGUUCGGACAAGACAGGCACACUGACCACCAAUCGCAUGACGGUGGUGCAGGUGUACGUCGGUGAUGUCCACUACAAGGAGAUCCCCGACCCCAGCUCCAUCAACGCCAAGACCAUGGAGCUGCUGGUCAACGCCAUCGCCAUCAACAGCGCCUACACCACCAAGAUUCUGUCCCCAGAGAAGGAGGGCGCCCUGCCUCGGCAGGUGGGCAACAAGACAGAGUGUGGCCUGCUGGGCUUCGUGCUGGACCUGAAGCAGGACUAUGAGCCCGUACGCAGCCAGAUGCCAGAGGAGAAGCUGUACAAAGUGUACACCUUCAACUCUGUGCGCAAGUCCAUGAGCACAGUCAUCAAGAUGCCGGACGAGAGCUUCCGCAUGUAUAGCAAGGGAGCUUCUGAGAUUGUGCUCAAGAAGUGCUGCAAAGUCCUCACUGGGGCAGGUGAGCCCCGGGUCUUCCGGCCCCGUGACCGGGAUGAGAUGGUGAAGAAGGUGAUUGAGCCCAUGGCCUGUGACGGUCUCCGUACCAUCUGUGUGGCCUACCGCGACUUCCCCAGCAGCCCUGAGCCCGACUGGGACAAUGAGAAUGACAUCCUCAGUGACCUCACCUGCAUCUGUGUGGUGGGCAUCGAGGACCCCGUGCGGCCCGAGGUCCCAGAAGCCAUCCGCAAGUGCCAGCGGGCAGGCAUCACAGUCCGCAUGGUCACCGGGGACAAUAUCAACACAGCCCGUGCCAUCGCCAUCAAGUGUGGCAUCAUCCAUCCUGGGGAGGAUUUCCUGUGCCUAGAGGGCAAGGAGUUCAACCGGAGGAUCCGCAAUGAGAAGGGAGAGAUUGAGCAAGAGCGAAUCGACAAGAUCUGGCCAAAGCUGCGGGUGCUGGCACGCUCCUCCCCCACAGACAAGCACACCCUGGUCAAAGGCAUCAUCGACAGCACACACACUGAGCAGCGGCAGGUGGUGGCCGUGACGGGGGAUGGCACCAAUGACGGGCCUGCACUCAAGAAGGCAGACGUGGGCUUCGCCAUGGGCAUUGCAGGCACGGACGUGGCCAAGGAGGCAUCAGACAUCAUCCUGACAGAUGACAACUUCAGCAGCAUCGUCAAGGCAGUGAUGUGGGGCCGCAACGUCUAUGACAGCAUCUCCAAGUUCCUGCAGUUCCAGCUGACCGUCAACGUGGUGGCUGUGAUCGUGGCCUUCACAGGCGCCUGCAUCACGCAGGACUCCCCCCUGAAGGCCGUGCAGAUGCUCUGGGUGAAUCUUAUCAUGGACACAUUUGCCUCAUUGGCACUGGCCACCGAGCCACCCACCGAGACCCUGCUUCUGAGGAAGCCGUAUGGCCGCAACAAGCCCCUCAUCUCUCGGACCAUGAUGAAGAACAUCCUGGGCCACGCCGUCUACCAGCUCACCCUCAUCUUCACCCUGCUCUUUGUUGGUGAGAAAAUGUUCCAGAUUGACAGCGGGAGGAACGCACCCCUGCACUCACCACCCUCGGAGCACUACACCAUCAUCUUUAACACCUUCGUCAUGAUGCAGCUCUUCAACGAGAUCAAUGCCCGUAAGAUCCACGGCGAGCGCAAUGUCUUUGAUGGCAUCUUCCGGAAUCCUAUCUUCUGCACCAUUGUGCUGGGCACCUUUGCCAUCCAGAUAGUGAUCGUGCAGUUUGGGGGGAAGCCAUUCAGCUGCUCCCCGCUGCAGCUGGACCAGUGGAUGUGGUGCAUAUUCAUCGGGUUAGGAGAGCUCGUCUGGGGCCAGGUCAUCGCCACCAUCCCGACCAGCAGGCUCAAGUUCCUCAAAGAGGCGGGCAGGCUCACGCAGAAGGAGGAGAUCCCGGAGGAGGAGCUCAACGAGGACGUGGAGGAGAUCGACCACGCCGAGAGGGAGCUGCGGCGCGGCCAGAUCCUGUGGUUCCGAGGCCUGAAUCGGAUCCAGACCCAGAUCCGCGUGGUGAAGGCGUUCCGUAGCUCUCUCUAUGAAGGUCUAGAAAAGCCUGAGUCUCGAACCUCCAUCCAUAAUUUCAUGGCUCAUCCCGAAUUCCGGAUCGAAGAUUCGCAGCCCCACAUCCCCCUCAUUGAUGACACAGACCUGGAGGAAGAUGCUGCGCUCAAGCAGAACUCGAGCCCGCCCUCCUCGCUCAACAAGAACAACAGCGCCAUUGACAGCGGGAUCAACCUGACGACCGACACAAGCAAAUCAGCUACCUCUUCAAGUCCAGGGAGCCCCAUCCACAGCCUGGAGACAUCGCUUUAGCUGAGGACCCGCUGCCACCCACCUCCCGGGCACCCACCAUCCAGGCACCCACUCACCCAAGCAGCAACGAGCAACAGGAAACCAAACACUGGCAAGAAAACCAACGUUUCCACCCAACAGACCCUUUUUCUGGCUGCGAUGCUGUUUGAACUCUUUUUCACUUUGAGGCAAGGGGCAGGAUCUCCUCCGGGGGCUCAGAGGAGGGAGCAAUUUUCCCAGAACAAGCCCUUCCCGGCUCCCGCCCAGACAGGGACCCAGCCGUGCCCCCGCCAGGCCGCGCAUCCCCUGCAUGAACGUACCGUCUGCUUACAGUCCUCCCCUCGUUUGGUUUGGGGGCUUUGGGGAGGGUUUUUUUUGUUUGUUUUCUUAGGCGGGAACUGCAAACGGACUCUUUUCUGAGACUCUAUCCAGUCCUUGGGUCUGUGAGUUUUGAAAUGCUUGUGCAGCAUGGUCUCAGUUGUAUAAUUUAAUUUAACAACUUUUUCAAACUGCAGAGCUUAACUCACCUAAUAGAUUUGCACCAAUGGAACCGAAGAACUUCAUAGACACUCACACGGUUAUAUCCAUUUCUUUGUAUCUAUAUUAACGUAUACUUCUCCACAAUUGUGUACGUCUAUAUAGAUAGGCAGAUUAUAUAUAUAUAUAUAGAUAUAGAUAUAUAUAUAGAUAUCUAUAUCUAUAUAUAUAUACACACACACACACACACAGAUAUAUAUAAAUAUAUACACAUGGAUAUAUAAAGUUUCUUUGCCGGCAUGUUGCCUUGUUUCUGCUUACAUAGCUCUAUUUUAACUUAUUUAUGUCCUAAAAGAAGAAUGUAAUUUGUUUACAAACAUGUAGAUAACGUCUUUGGCUAUUUGUACGGUUUAAAAACAUUGGUGGCUGAGAUGCUGUAAAAACAGUUCAGCCCAACAGACACUUCCCUGGAUUGCAUCCUUGAUGUUUUACGAUAGCCAUGCUCUGAAUUUUUCCUGCUGUUUCCGCUCAGUGAUGUCAGGAGCGCCAAGGUCCAGGCAACAGUCAAGUGCUCCCGAGUUCCCAUCCGGGAGGGUCUAACACCAUGGGCCACAGACGGAGGGAGAAGAGGAGAGGAGGCCUCCCUGUUCACAGCACUAAGGCCAUCCUGGCCCCAGGACACCAGAACCCGAGAAGCAUUGGUGGAAGACUUUUUUCUCAGUGACCCUCACUUGAGUUCACUGGGAACAUUUCAAAAUGAGGUUCUCUUUGGCGCUGUCUGUACAGAGAUAGAGGUAUUGUUGCAAUAUUAGAAAUGCUAUUGUGUUGAUUUUUUUUUAAUUAGUAAUUUAGGGCUUAUUUCCUUAUAAAUUGCAGCAAGUGAGCUGUUGGCAUAUUGGAUGAGGAUCAUUACACUUGCUGCUUUUAUUUUUAUUUUUGAAGAAUAGUCUUUUACUCUGCACUAUUUAGAUCCGAACGAACCUUAUGAUGUGUAUAUUGAGGUGUAUUCAGUGUGAUUUUUUUAAACCAAAUUGUCUUCCUGUAGUCGCAAUAUAUACUGUAGCCUUUCAACAGCAAGUCUUGCUUUCCCAGACAGAAAGCCAUUCUGAAACCCUACAGUAUCACAGGUGAGAAAAGGUGGUUAUUUUCCCCCCAAGACAAUAACAGCACUAGUAACCCCACUUAAUAAGAGCUUAUUUAAUUGUAUGUCAGCCUCUUAACUGCUAAGCACUUUGUGGGUAUCAGCUUUUUUCAUAAAAGAACUUUUGUAUUUAAUACAAAGUUUGCUUUGAGACUUUUCAGCAUACAAUCUUUUUCCAUAAACUUGUACAGUGCAAAAGACAUUUUGAAUACCAUGAUCGGUGAUGUCCCAUGCUUCGAGGAAAACCAAACACUUUCCGCCUCGUUUACAAAAUUCAUUCCUCAUACGGACCCCUCGCACAGUUGCUCUCUCUCAGCCUGGCCCCUUCCCUUCACCAGGCCCAGAGAAUUCUUCCACAAACAAGUUGAGAGCCACUUGGGAAAAGAGCCAUAGUCCGCUGGGAGGGCCUACUCCGGAUGGCUGUGGAGAAACCUGAGGGUUUGGGGUCCCAAGUCAGCCCAUCCAACCUGGCAAAACCUUCCUGGAAGGAGGAUCUUCUUUGCACGAGAGCAUCUCCUGAAUGUCAUGCAGAAAUAUCUCUGAAUGUACCCAGCAGAGGAAACUGCAUCCCUAAAGAGGUGGCCAGCCCUCACAUAAGUUUAUUGGAUUCCAAUACAAACACCACCAAAAGCCAGCCCACUGCUCUCCUGCCGAGAAAGGGAAGACCUGCAUUUGGAACAUGAUGUUUUUCGUAGUUUCCUUUCUCAAGGGUUUCUGUUCCCCCCCACCACUUUGUUCCAGUUUUGUGUCCAUGGCCUCAUUCCAUGACAUCAGGGAAGCUGUGCUUGCAAGCCAUGCUCCCUGUUCAUUUGGAGCCAGGAUGCAAGGAAAACAGGAGGUAUUUCUCUGAGCGGAGCCAAGCUUAGGGAAUAGGGAGCGAUGGGAGUGACCAAGAAUGCCCAACAUUAGUGUUGGCCUUUUCUUGUCAGGAAUGAUGGAUGCUCACACACAAACACACACACACACACACACACACACACACACACACACACACACAAAAUGAUUGGUUUGUCAAAACUCACUGUAGUACAUAAAGCUUGCACUCUGCGUCCUAUAUCUAGCAGCAUGGGGUACGUUUGGCAGUUUACCCCAUUAGGGGGUAAAUAAUUUAUGACCAUUCAUCUGUUUUUAUGAAUUUUUUUAUCUAGACAAUAAUUGUAAAUAAAGAACUCACCGUCUCUGUUCAUUUAA